AUGAUAAUAGUCUGGAAUGUUAGAGGAGCAGCCGGAAAUGCUUUCGGUCAUGCUAUGAAAGAUAUGAAAAAGAGAUUAAAACCUUCAUUGGUAGUCUUAGUAGAAACUAGAUGCAGUGGAAUAAAUGCUCAAAAAGCUAUUAAGAGAAUGGGUUUCAAAUAUCAGGAAAUAGUAGAGGCAAAUGGCAUGUCAGGGGGAAUAUGGAUACUAUGGGAUGAUGAAAAUAUUAAGCUAAAAGCCCUAGAGAAACAUCACCAAUUUCUACACUGUGAGGUCAACGGCCUAAGAGGAAGCAAGUGGCUCUUCACAGCAAUUUAUGCAAGCCCACGAGCAGCUGAAAGACAAUUACUAUGGGAGUCUUUAAAAUCCAUGUCAAGAAAUAUUAAUGGCCCAUGGCUCCUAGCAGGUGACUUUAAUGAUAUUAAAACACCAGAAGAGCAAAGAGGAGGAAUCAAGGUGAAUGAAAGGAAAUGCAACAAGUUCUGCAGUAACAUGAAUGAUUGCAAUCUAAUCGACAUGGGAACAGAAGGACCAAAGUACACAUGGAAAGGGCCCAUAGUCCAUUUAGGUAUUUCUAUUUGCACUUGA